AUGUUGGAGAUGAACAGUGCCAAGCAGCACAUCUUCAUGCAGCGGAUCCUCUUCGUGCAUUCCAUGACAAAGCAGAAAGCUGGUCGUGCCCAAGUCCUCCGAGUGCCAGCUCAGGUUUGGGAUGCUGAGGCAGAUAUCUGCUGCCUUGGUGGAUUUGUUCUGGAUGAAAUGCGUACCCAUCGAACACCAGACAACCUUCUGCGUUUCCCUGGUGAGACUUUGAUCACCGUGAUGAACCAGUUCAUCGAGGGGGACUACCACGAAGAGCUGAAGAGUGCCUUGAUGGUCAUGGACCCGGCAUUCCAAAUUGAAGAGUUGAACAUGUGGAAGGAGAACAUUCCCAAUGCCCAGCUUAUGAGUGAUGGUCAGCUUUGCAAGGCCGAUGACAAGAUAGAUGAGUUGGUCCUUUCCCAGAACAAGUUGUCUUUUGAUGCUGAUGCAUUGGCAUUGGCACGUGAUGCUGCGCAACUGGCUACCCUUUACCGAGAGGAACAGAAAACCGAUCGAAGCGCUCGCCUUGCAAAGGUUCUCCACCUGAAGCAGCAGAACCAGAUUGGCAGCAGCCUCACCAUGGAUUUCAUGCGCAAGAGGCGUGUGGAAGACAAAUUCUCAGCGAAGUCUUUGGAGCCCAUGCCGACCUUCCUGCGGACACCUCGAGACAUGAUCCCAUGGCUUCCAGAAUCGCAAUACGUGGUUCCCAGCAACCGUGACAACCUUCCAACUGCAGCGGAAGGGCAGAGGGCGCUGUCUGCUCUCCAAGAGCAAGCUCAGCUCUUGACUGGGCCUCGCAUGCCUGAGGCGGUGCUUGCCAGCCUGUUGCAGGGAUCAACAGCAGGGCAGACUGUUGGGCUCAUCAACCUUUCCCCCUAUGAUGGUUGUUUGGAAAAGGUGGCUCUUCGGUGGGAUCAAAGCCAUCCCGGCCAAAUGAUGACAACUUUGUCAUUGUCGGCGGAUCUGAACGUUGACUGGAAAGCUGGCGGAACAAUGCUUGGGAAUGUGAGACCCUAUGACCCUGUUCCACCAGCCACUGAAUCACUUGACCUUCAGAAGUACCCACUCAAGCUGGCCACGGUCACCAAGGAUGACACCAAAAAGGGUUGGGCAAAGUACAAAAUUGCACUUGGCAAUGAGGUGCGAAGCCGGCACAUGUCUGACCCGAUUCAUGGAGGGAUGUGGCGAGAUCUCGUUUUGGACUUCGACAAGAAGUUUUGUGCCAACAUGGCCGCCGUCCAGGAAGCCUUGGUUCCACAUGAGGAGGCCCCGGAAGCUGCGCCAGGUCCAGCGAAGUGGACUGAGAGUGAACCAAAGAAUUUGGACAGCCUUUUGGAGACUCACAUCAUCGAGAACAAAAUCGGUGGUCGUGUUGCGGGCACCAGUCUGUAUCUAACCUUAGCCAAGAAGAGGGAUGGAACAGAAACCGAUGUGGUCGAGAAUCAAAAGUACAAACUUUACCUGGUGAGCCAUCAAGAUGAUUUGACCCUGUCCGACAAGGAGUUUCAAAUCGCCCAUGGGAAGUCAAGCUUCAUGAAGCCCGAGCGGGUGGCGUCGCCUCGUGACUCUGACCCUGGAAAGAGCCGAAUGCCUGUGAACAAACAGCCAGCACUGCCUUUGAAUACUUUCAAUGCAACUGGUAGGGAUAAGAAGGCUCAGCUUUCCCCAGAGCAAGUUGCUGACUUGAGGUCUGAUAUCUCUCGUGCCAUGGGAGAUGUUGGUAAGGUUCGUCGCAAAAAAGCUGCUCCUGCGGAUGCUGCUGCUGAUGCCCCUGUUUCAGAGCCAGUGGAACCAAGUGCUAGCACAAAACCUAGGGCUCCCAGAGGAACCCAUGCACGCAAAGCUGCUCAGGCCGUACUUGACUCUUUAACCACAGCAGCACCAAAGGCAAAGGCAAAGGCAAGCAAGGUGAGCAAGGGCAAAGGGGACUCAAAGCGGGGCAGGCCUGCUGCAAAGUCUAAGGGAACAGCAAGGUCGUCCACGUCCAAGUGUGGAAAGGGUGCUGUUCUUAAGAGGCCAGCAGGAAAGGCAACUGCUGAAACCACCGCCAACAAGGCAGGCACCAAGAAGAAGCUGGAUCGUGUCUCAGAGGACAGUCUGCUGGCUUGGGACAGCGAGGUGGAUGCUGAGGAUCUCUUCGGGUCUGAGAAGGACUCUGAUUCUGAGAUGGCCACUACCCAGGAGUUGCCAGGAAAGGGUGAUGAGGAGGAGCCGGUGGCAUCCCCCAAUUCCAACCAUGAGGGUGUUUCUGGAGAUGAGGGUGGUUCCCGAUCGGAUGAAGAUUCCAAUGAUGAGUCGACUGAGAAGGUUCCCAAGGGAAAGGAUUCCAGCAAGGGAUCCUGUCCAGACAUGCGAUCCCUCUACUGGAGUGUGAUCCACGAAGAGCAGAAGAAGAUCAAAAAGUCAAACCCAGAAAUGCCUGGACGCGAAGUGUUGAAGUUGGCACGCAAAGCGUGGGAGACGCAUCCGGACCGCAUGAAUGUCAUCAAGAACUUGUCGAAGAGUGAGGUCAGCCGCAGGCGAAUCAAAAUGCCAAAGGCAUGA